AUGGAGGCGGUCGCAGGCCCAGCUGCCGGUCCACACCGCGCCAAUUGGAAUCCGUGCGACCCCCAUCUUCUCCUGAUGAGUAAAAUUCUGGUGAGACGUCUGGUGGUACGUCUAGCUGCAUGUUUUAGUCGCGCCAGCCACCUGCGACCUCUCCCGUCUCCGAUCUUCUUUAUUUUGCUCUAACACUGGAUCCAGGUGGCGAAGGAGGAGGAGGAGGAAGAGGAGGAGGAAGAGGAGGAGGAAAGUGCACGCGAAAAAACACGCUGUCGAAAUAGUCGGGAACGGCGGUCGAACAGUCAUGGGUUUCUGUAG